AUGUCUCAAUAUUUUCGCCACAACCCCGUAAGAGUCAAGUCCAGUUCACUGUUUGGUACAGCGUCGGUCGCACUGCAUGCAAAGCUCAGCCAAUAUAGGAGAAGGGAUAAGCAUUGCCAGGCUUUCUUCAGGAAGGUUACGAAGAGCACUUUGUUCCAGAUCCUGAUGAUCACCACGGUCACCGCCAACUCCUUCCUAUUGGUCUUGGGGACGAACUAUAACAUCCACUUCCGGAUGUUUAGAGUCUUUGAGAUCUCAGAGCUUUUCUUUGUCUCCAUCUAUGCCUGUGAGUUCCUCAUGAAGGUCUACGUGGACCCCAUUACAUAUUGGAAGGAUGGCUAUAACAUACUGGAUGUGGUCAUUCUGGUUAUCAUUACAAUACCGUACUUUCUGCGCAAAAUCAAGGGAAAUCAUUUUGAAUACCUCCACUUUGCUGACGGCAUCCAGUCUCUACGGGUCCUGAAGCUUAUCUCCUACAGCAGGGGCAUCAGGACGCUCAUCAUUGCUGUGGGGGAGACCGUCUACACUGUGGCCUCUGUGCUGACGCUGCUCUUCCUCCUCAUGUUUGUGUUUGCGAUCCUGGGAUUCUGCCUGUUUGGCAAUGCGGAUAGAGGCGACCUGACUAACUGGGGGAACCUGGCUGCAGCGUUCUUCACUCUCUUCAGUUUGGCCACGGUUGAUGGCUGGACAAACCUACAGGAGGAACUGGAUAAGCGGAAGUUUACUGUGAGCCGGGCGUUUACCAUCCUCUUCAUCCUGCUUGCCUCCUUCAUCUUCCUCAACAUGUUUGUUGGUGUGAUGAUCAUGCACACGGAGGACUCCAUCAAAAAGUUCGAGCGGGACAUGACAUUGGAGAGGAACUUGGCACUUAUGGAGGAGAAGCAAAUGAUUCUGAGACGCCAGCAAGAAGAGGUCAACAGGCUGAUGAACACACAGAAAGUAGGUAGCAAGAGCUUUGUUGAGAUGGUAGACGGUUUCAAGAGGACCCUGCGGCACACAGACCCCAUGGUUCUGGAUGAAUUCUGCACUAGCCUCUCCUUCAUCGAUAUCUACUUGGAUACCCUGGACAACCAGGACAUUAUUGUCAACAAGCUUCAGGAACUCUACUAUGAGAUUGCAAACGUGCUGAAUCUGAUGCUUGAAGACAUGCCCCCCCGAGAGAAGUCAUCCAGUACCCUGGAAAGCUAG